GCACAGGACCCAUCAGAGAAAGGAGAGAGUCUGAGAGUUGGCAGAGAAGAUGGGGUGAGAAGAAUGAUAGGCAGCUGGACUUUUAGCAUCACAGCUGCUGCCCAAAACCCCAUCAGCAGUUUUCUUCUCUUCUGGUGUGUACUUGAUCCAAAUGGUUUCGUAAUGAUCAGUUUUUGCAGUUUUGGUUGAGGCUUAUUUGCUUAAAAUUUAUGAGUUUGCCUUCUUUGGAUGGUAGCUUUGCUUGCUGGGUCAGCUCCCAUCACUGGAUUUCAUUCAUUUGUUUUCGCUUGCGGAUCAUAAGCCAUCACUGGAAUUCGUCCUUUUGUUGAUUUGGUUGUCUGAGCUACUAAAGUGAGGAGUAGCGCUCCCUCAAAUAUUGGACUUGUGUCCAAUUGAGCAGGUGCAAGGAGCGAGAAAUAUAGAGCUGAAAAGCGGCAUUUAGAAUUGGUGGGAUUUAUUAAGUUGAUAUUCUGGCCUGGAUUCAUUACUUGGGUUCUUAUUAUUGGUAUAACGACCAGGCCUUUGCCAAGUCAAAACCAGUUGUUCUGUUGUUCGUUGCUGGAUUCAUGGCAACCUUGUUACAUUCCGAGUCCAGACGCUUAUACUCUUGGUGGUGGGACAGCCACAAUAGCCCGAAGAAUUCAAAAUGGCUUCAGGAAAAUCUUACAGACAUGGAUGCCAAAGUCAAAGCAAUGAUCAAGCUCAUUGAAGAAGAUGCAGAUUCUUUUGCAAGGAGGGCAGAGAUGUACUACAAGAAACGCCCAGAGCUUAUGAAACUGGUAGAGGAGUUCUACCGAGCUUACCGUGCAUUAGCUGAGAGGUAUGAUCAUGCUACUGUGGAGCUUCGCCAGGCCCAUCGAACCAUGGCAGAAGCAUUUCCCAACCAUGUGCCUUAUGAACUGGCUGAUGAUUCACCCUCAAGUUCGUCAGGCCCUGAGACUGAACCUCAUAUGCCAGAAAUACUGCAUCCAAUUCGUUCAUUGGUAGACCCGGAUGACUUGCACAAGGAUGCACUGGGAUUCUCUUCGACAAGCUUGCAUACAAUGAAAAGGAAUGGAGGGAAUUCAGAAGAAUUUGAUUCUGGAAUAAGCAAAAGGGGUCUUAAACAGCUGAAUGAGCUGUUUGGAUCGAGAGAAGCAGUGCCACAAAAUUCAGAUGUUGCUGAAGGAAGGAUGAGAAAAGGCCUUAAUGUUAAUGAAGCAGAAACCGAAGUUCAGACCUUAAAGAAGGCUCUAGCAGAGAUACAAGUUGAAAAGGAAGCUAUCCACCUUCAAUACAAGCAGAGUUUGGAGAAGCUAUCUCAUCUGGAGAGAGAACUUAAUCAUGCACAAGAAGAUGCUGGUGGGCUUGAUGAACGAGCAAGCAAAGCCGAAAUCGAAAUUAAAAUACUGAAGGCAGCCCUUGUUGAGUUAGAAGCUGGGAGGGAUUCUGGUAUUCUUCAAUACAAUCAGUGUUUAGAAAGGAUAUCUAGCCUGGAAAAUAUGUUAUCUGUUGCCCAAGAAAAUGAGAAAGGACUCAAUGAGCGAGCUGUUAGAGCAGAAACUGAAAGUCAAUGUCUCAAGCAAGAACUUUCUAGAUUAGAGGCUGAAAAGGAGGCAGGUCUUCUUCAUUACAAACAAUGUCUUGAGAAGAUAUCUGUUUUGGAGACUAAAAUCUCACUUGCUGAGGAAAAUGCUCGAAUGCUAAAUGAGCAAAUUGAAAGAGCAGAAACUGAAGUUAAAACACUUCAGAGGGCACUUACGAAACUAAAUGAGGAGAAAGAAGCUGCUGCCCUUCAGUACAGGCAGUGCUUGGAGAUAAUAGCAAAGAUGGAAAGUGAAAUUUUUCAUGCCCAAGAGGAUACCAAACGAUUGAAUAGCGAAAUUCUUCUGGGGGCUGCAAAAUUAAAGAGCACGGAAGAACAGUGUGUUCUCUUGGAGAGAUCAAAUCAAUCUCUGCGAUUAGAGGCAAACAAUUUGGUGCAGAAGAUUGCAGUGAAGGAUCAGGAACUUUCAGAAAAGCAUAAUGAGUUGGAAAAGUUUCAAACCCUAAUGCAGGAGGAGCAGUCACGGUUUAAGCAAGUUGAAGCCACUCUCCAAGCUUUGCAAAAGUUACACUCUCAAUCUCAAGAGGAGCAGAGAGCUCUGGUAACCGAGCUCAAAAAUGGGCUUCAGAUGCUGAAGGACUUAGAGAUCUGUAAACAUGGGUUGGAAGAAGAACUUCAAAGGGUCAAUGAAGAAAACAGGAGCCUGAAUGAACUGAACUUUUCUUCCACUUAUUCAAUAAAGAAUCUGCAAAAUGAAAUAUUUGGCUUGAAGGCAAUGAAAGAGAAAAUUGAAGAGCAGGUUACACUAAAAGCCGACCAAAGCAAUACCCUCCAGCAGGAGAUUUACCAUUUGAAGAAGGAAAUCACUGGCUUGAAUGGAAGAUACCAGGCCAUUAUGGAGCAAUUGGAGUCUGUAGGUCUGAAUCCUGAAUGCCUUGAGUCAUAUGUGAAGGACUUGCAAGAUGAGAAUUCAAAGCUGAAAGAGAUCUGCAAAAAGGAAAGAGACGAGAGAGAAGCUCUUCAUGAGAAGUUAAAGCAUAUGGAUGAACUUUUGAAAGACAAUGCUGUUCUGGAGAGUUCCCUAUCAGGAAUGAACGUCGAGUUGGAAGGGUUGAGAGAGAAGGUUAAGAACUUGCAGGAGUCCUGUCAGUUUCUUCAUGGAGAUAAAUCCACACUUCUUGCUGAAAAAGCUACUCUGCUUUCACAGUUACAUAUUCUCACUGAGAAUAUGCAGAAGCUCUUGGAGAAGAACACCUUGCUGGAGGAUUCACUCUCUAGUGCAAAAGUUGAGGUUGAAAGUCUGAGGGCAAAAUCUAAGAGCUUAGAAGAAUUAUGCCAGUUGCUCAGUAAUGAGAAGUCCAAUCUUCUAAAUGAGAGAAGCACCCUGGUAUGUAAGUUGGAAAAUGUUGAACAGAGACUGAGCAACCUGGAAAGGAGGUUUACAAGAUUAGAAGAAAAAUAUUCAGAUCUCGAGAAGGAGAAAGAGUUAACACUUUGCCAAGUGGUAGAAUUGCAGGGUUCCCUCAUUACAGAAAAACAAGAGCGUGCAAGUUAUGUGCAGUCAAGUGAGAAUCGAUUGGCGUGUUUGGAAAACCAAGUCCAUGUCAUGCAAGAAGCAAGUAGGUUGGGGAAGAAGGGAUUUGAAGAAGAACUAGAUAGAACAGUUAUCGCGCAGGUUGAGAUUUUCAUCCUGCAGAAGUUCAUAGAAGAUUUGGAAGAAAAGAAUGUCUCUCUAUUAAUUGAAUGCCAAAAACAUGUUGAAACAUCCAAAUUUUCAGAUAAACUGAUUACAGAGUUGGAGAGUGAGAAUCUUGAGCAACAGGUAGAAGCAGAAUUCUUGUUAGACGAAAUCCAAAAGUUGAGGAUGGCAAUCCAUCAAGUUUUCAGGGCUAUUCAAAUUGAUCGAAAGAAUGGGUAUGUCGAUGAGAUUGGGCAGGAGCAUAUAUCUGUGUUGCAUAUUUUGGAUGGUAUUGAGGAUUUAAAAGGUUCUCUGUUGAGAAGCGAGGAUGAAAAGCAGCAGCUGCUGGUUGAGAAAUCAGUGUUCUUAAGUUUACUUGGGCAACUGAGAUUAGAGGGUGCAGAGCUCGAGUCAGGGAAAAAGUUCAUUGAGCAUGAGUUUGAAGUCAUGACAGAGCAGUGUGCUAUGCUGCAAAAGAACAAGUACGAGCUUCUAGAGAUGAGUAGGCAGUUGAUGUUGGAAAGGGGCAGGGGCGAGCAACGAGAGGACGCUUUAAAGGCUGAACUGGAAACUCUGGGUGUAAAGCUGAUAAAUUUGGAGGGUGCUUACCUGGCAUUGCGGGAAGAAAAUUUCAUGUUGCUUGAAGAGAAGAAAUCUAUGCUUAAGAAAUUUUUGGACCUGAAUGAGGAAAAUCAUAUGCUUGAAGAGGAAAACAGUUUCAUUCUCCAUGAAACAGCAGCUCUUAGCAACCUGUCUUUGGUUUUUGAGAGCUUCUCAAUUGAGAAAUCUGUUAAACUAGAAGCACUUGCUGAAAAUAUCAGCAGUCUCCAUGGGGUCAACAGUGACCUCAAGGUGGAGGUUGGAAUGUUGGGGAAGAAGAUAGAGAUGAAAGAGGCAGAAAAUCUACAUCUGAAUGGGUCUGUAGAGAAGUUGAAGAGGGAGCUCAAUGAAGCAAAAGACUUAAAUUACCAAUUAUGCAAUCAAAUUUCCAUUGGAGAGGAUUUUCUGAGACAGAAGGCAACAGAGCUUUCAGAAGCAGAACAGAAGCUUAAGGCUACAGAGAACUUGAAUGCUGAAUUGUACAGAAAUGUUGAUGAACUGAAGAUGGAAUGUGAAGAAUCAAAACUGAUCAGAGACAAUCUAGAGAAACAGAUUCUUGAAGUGUUGGAAGAUAACUCAAUUCAGGCGAAGGAAAUUGAAUGCCUUCAUGAAGUGAGUGAAAGUAUGGAGUCUGAAGUAGAAAUACUACGUAAAGAAAUUGAAGAACAUAGGAUUAGAGAAGAGAAUUUGAGUUCAGAGCUGCAAGAGAAGAGAGAUGGGUUUGAACUCUGGGAGGUUGAGGCUGCAACAUUUUAUUUUGAUCUCCAAAUUUCUGCCAUUCGUGAGGCUCUACUUGAAAAUAAGGUUCAAGAGCUUGCUGGAGCUUGUGAGAUUCUUGAAGAUGAAACUGCCACAAAAAGUAUGGAGAUUGAACAGAUGAAGGAAAGAUUUAGCUUCUUGGAAAGUGAAAUUGGAGGACUGAAGGCCCAAUUAUCUGCAUAUGUUCCCAUCAUAGCUUCUUUGGGAGAUGAUAUAGCCUCUCUUGAGCACAAUGCGCUUCUUCACAAGUCCAUGGAAGGAAAUCUAGAAGAAAAGGACAAGGAAAUGGCAAUUCAUCUUCAUGAGAAGAGCUGUCGAGAGCUUAAAGAAGAUCGAAGUACUGUGAUACCUGAUGGAGUUGCAGAUUUGCAGAAUAUGCAGAAUAGGAUUAAAGCUGUAGAAAGGACAGUGUUGGAAGAAAUGGAAAGGCUUGCAACACAGGAAAGCAUAAAAAUCAACAUCAAAGUAGAAGAUGUAAUGAUGGAGACUGAAGAGUUGAAAUUGAAAAGCACAUCACAUCAGGAGAAGGGAAUAAGAAAGGAAGAGAUGGAACUUGGGAAUGACCUUACCAAUGAUCUGGAGUCACAGAAGACUAAACCUGAAAAUGGGACUUUGAUGAAAGAUAUUCCACUCGAUCAAGCCUCAGAUAGUUCAUUAUAUGGAAAAUGCAGGAGAGAUAAUGUUCGAGCUGAUGAUCAGAUGCUCGAGUUAUGGGAAACCGCAGAGCAGGACUGCAGCCAGGAUCCGACGGUCAAUAAGACACAAAAGCAGGCAUCUGUACCAGUGGAAGAUGUUAUUGCGUGCCACAAGUUUGAUCAUGGAGAGAAGAAAAGUCAUUCUCUCUCCUCAGAAUUACAGGUGGAGAAGGAGUUGGGCAUUGACAAGCUAGAGGUAUCCACAAGUGUUAGAGAGCCAAAUCAAGAUGGCAACAAGGGAAAGAUCCUGGAGAGACUUGCUUCCGAUGCCCAGAAAUUGACAAGUCUUCAAACAACUUUACAAGAUCUGAGAAAGAAAAUGGAAAUGCACAAGAGAAACAAGAAGGCCAAUGACAUCGAAUAUGAAACAGUCAAAAGACGGUUACAAGAAGUUGAGGAGGCUAUUUUGCAGCUGGUUGAUAUAAAUGAUAAUUUGACGAAGGAAAUUGAAGAUAGCUCCUCAUCUUUGGAUGGGAUACCUUCAGUAGAGUUGGAGGCUGGAGAUACCUGCCGAAAGAGAGUAACGGAACAGGCACGAAAAGGGUCUGAGAAGAUUGGACGUUUGCAGUUUGAAUUACAAAACAUCGAGUAUGUUCUGCUGAAAUUGGUUGAAGAAAAGAACAGCAAAGGGAAAUACAGAUUUUCAAAAAGUAGAACAGGCAUUCUCCUGAGAGAUUUUAUUUACAGUGAUGGGAGAAGUGGCGAGAGGCGUAGGAAGGCUUGUCUUUGUGGCUGUACAAGACCUUCAACUAAUGGAGAUUGAGGUGAUAAUUAAGAGGGAAAGCACGUUUCCCUGGCUACAAGUUUCACUCUGAGAUGUUCCCAAUAAUAUGUUUAGGGGGUCAUUUCUUGUAGUAAUCAGAGAAAACCGUGUCUUUUUAGCUUACAAGAACUAAAAGAAUUUAGUACUGAUCUAAUUAUAAUAAGCUGCUGCUUCCAGCAUUUUUAUUUUUGAA